UAUACACUGGAAAUUACUAUAAUGCCCUUAACUAAUAUGAAUAUUACCAAUUCAAUUUCAUUUCCUCUUCCCCUUUCUCUUUCAUCUGAUGCGCGUUCCUCUUUUUUCUUCUCCCAGCCAAAGCAAAACCACCGAACAACAUCCACCACCACACCACUGCCGGCGAGCCGCGACCACUCUUCUCCUUCUCCAUCCAUCACCGCCGCACCCCCCUCAAUCUUCUGUAUUGAUUCUUUAGUUUAGAGAGCUAUCUCCAUCCAUCUCUCUCCACAAACCCUAAUUGUUGUAACUUGUAAGGAAUGAAACGUUUGCAAGAAUCUGGUUCCUCUCAACAGAAACGACAAAAACUGUCGGCGCUGCCAACUGAAGAGCGUAUACUCUAUGACCUUAUACUUAGCAAGGAAAACUCAGGGAUCUCAAAAACAGACAUGAGAAGAGAAACAAACCUUCCUAUUGCUGCGCUUAAUAAACACAUGAAGGCACUUAUGAACAAGAGUAUGGUAAAGGAACUUCCUUCCAUUAAAAACAAAGGUAUAAAGAUCUACAUGGGAACAGAAUUUGAGCCUUCGAAGGAUAUAACUGGUGGGCAUUUUUACAGUGAAGGGAGUCUUGAUACGGUUUUUAUAGACGCUCUAAAGCAAACGUGCCUGCAAUGCAUUUCAUUGGAGAGAGUUUCCACAUGUGAUGGAUGUUUGGAGUGGGUUAAAAGGAGUGGGGUCUUCACAACUCAAGUCACGGGAGAACAAAUAGAAGAGAUUUUACAAACUUUGGUUUUAGAUGAUGAGAUAAUGCAGAUGACAAGUACUGGAUAUGGGGAUUUUGCAUCUAUUCCUGUUGGCAAAACUUGUUACAUAUGCAAAAGCAAGGGUGAAAAGAAAUCUGCUGACUCGACUCCCUUUCCAUGUUUUUCUUGUCAACGGAUGAGCUUUUGUUCAUCGGAUGGUGUUGUCUCUCCAACAACAUGUGUGUAUUUUCAGAAAUGGUUGGAUUUUUUUUAGUUGAGCACUAUUAAUUUCUUUUUUUAUUUUGAAAUGACUCUCAGCGUUCUGACUCUCAUACAACAGCUAUCGGGGUUUUUCGUUUCUCUUCUAACUUUAUUGCUCAAUGUAUCUAACAUCCUUCCACAUUUGGUUUAUAAGUUCUGCAUAAUGAUUUGCGACGGUUAUAAUAUAUGCGGUUGGUGGUCAUUGUUAUCACUUUAUCCGAGUAACAUAUCUCUACAAGCAUUUUAUAA